AUGAAAGGAAGACUUGCCACUGGAGAUUGCAUGAGAUACUGGAAUGGGAAUGUCAAUACGUCACGUGUCUUGUGUAUUGAACUGCUGGAAACUGUAGAGCAUUUAUUUUUUGAGUGUGAUUACUCUGCGCAGAUUUGGGAGGCUUUGAUGAAGGGUGUUUUGAGAGAAAAGUUUACGGUGAGUUGGGAAGAAAUGAUGAGAAUCAUGAGAGAUACAAAGAGAGGGAUGAUAAAUCUGUUUCUUAUCAAGUACAUGUUUCAAGCGACUGUGUACAUGAUUUGGAGCGAGCGUAAUAGAAGGAGACAUGGGGAAACUGAAGCUCCAGCAGACCUCUUGAUAAAGCUUCUUGAUAAGAAUAUGAGAAACAAGCUCACUCUAGUGCAAAGGAAAGGUGAUAAAGAGAUUGGAGAAUGA